CGGGAGCUCCGACGGGCGCGCUCCCCCCGGCGCCCGGCAGGGGUCGCUGCCGCAGGAGGCCCGCAGGCCGGCCGGGGCGGGGGAGACGGAGCCGCGCCAGGCCCAGAGACGCCGCCGGAGCCGGGCCAUGGAGGAGUUUCACCCCCACAACGACGAGAUGACCUUCAAUGCUGAGGAAGCCCACAACAUCGUUAAGGAGUGCAUAGAAGGGAUUUUGGGCAAGGUAGAUUACAAUCACAACAAAGUCAAUCAAUGGACUGCAACUAUAGUGGAGCAAUCUUUAACACAUCUGGUAAAACUAGGAAAAACAUACAAAUACAUUGUAACCUGUGCAGUGAUGCAGAAGUGUGGCGCUGGUCUCCACACAGCAAGCUCGUGCUUUUGGGAUACCACAACUGAUGGUACCUGCACAGUGAGAUGGGAAAACCGGACUAUGAACUGCAUUGUCAAUGUUUUUGCCAUUGCUGUUGUCCUGUAGCUGACUGGAGUACAAAUAUUAAGUUACACCAAAGCCUUUAAGAUCAGAAAGUAUCAAAAUCUCAAAGCAUAUUGCCAUUAUAUAAUACUGUUUGUGCACUAAAGAAAAAGGUAUGAACAUGCUGUAAUGUCCAUUACACAAAGUGUACAUUCUGAACAAAUUCUUUCAAUUUAACUUGUGACAACUGGCUUUCCUUUAGCAAAUUUUAGCAAUUUAAAUAUUCCAGAUUGAUGAUAUGUUAAACUGGAGAUGCCAUGAUAUUAAUAAAAUGAGAAUAUGGAUAUUUGCAUCAAAAGAUUACAUCUAUAAUGCAAGUGAAAGUGAGACUAGCAUAGGUAAGCAUACCCGUGCUUGCCUUAAUCUAGGUAACGCGAUAGUAUAGAUGUGACUGCACUGGCUAGCUGCCCAAAUACAAACCCGUGAGUGAACCCGGGUAUGUACUCAGGUUGCUAGCCCAUGCUGAACCUGUGCCACCAUGUCUACACUAUUGUUAUCCAUACUAGCUAGAUUAAAAAUAACACAGGCAUGCCUAGCCACACAACAAGGACACCUUCACCUGCAGUGUAGACAUAGGCAACUGACACUUUACUCACAGGCAGAUGGAGUAAUUUAAUCAGCGGAAGGGAGAUGAAAGGAUACAAGCAUUAAGAAACAGCGAGAUUAAAAUGCAGUUGGGAAUAGACUAGGAAUAUAUUACAUUUACAGUAUUCCUAGUAUUAAAUGAUAAGUAUCAGUGCCUCAUAUCUGAUUAAACAAGGCUAUUUCUAGAUUAUGCUGCAUGAACACCACAGUUACCUGAUCAAGCGUAAAAAGCCCAAACUGCUUCUCUGCUUGGGGGACAAAAUCAUGCCAAAGCAUUUAUUUCUUCAGUGGACUCUAGUCCUUGUAAAGGGUAUGAUCUUUCUUCAAAUACCAUUUGGAACGCUGUCAUUGAAUUAAGUGGAAACAUGAUUGGGUGCACUGUUCAUUAGCACUCAGUGCAUAUGAAUAUAUAUUUCUUAAGAAGAAUUCACCAAAUUAUAAAACUAGUUUAAUCUGACCUGGCCCGAUUGGUUCAGUGACUAGAAGAAUGUAGGAAAACUCAUGAUGGGAGCACUUUGCACAUUCCUGAUCCAGUUUAAGUAGGUGUCUUUCCUAACAAAGGACCCAAUUCUACACCCGUUGACCUCAGUAGAAUCAUGUAGAAUUAAAUAAAUGAGUUUGUGUAGGUAGGAGAUGCCCACAUUUUUAAAAGGGCCUUAUUCUCUCUAAGCACACAUAUAUGAUACAGAACAUAUCCUUAAAUUAUAUUUAUAAAAGUAUUGCCUAUACUCCCAAGUCUAAAAUUGUGUAAUAACUAUGAAGUAAAGUAUAAAAUAGUAAAAAAUUAGUAACAUAGCUAAGGCCCCCCAUCUUGCAAACAUUCACACAUGUGCUCAGUUCACAGAUAUGAGCAAUCCUAUUACAUGAGACAUUCACAGGAUUAGUAAAAUUAUUUGUGUAUGUAAGCAAUUGCAGGAUUGGGG